AAUGAAUUGCCAUUUGAAACAAACAAUCGAUAAUAAUGAGAAUAUUGAAAAAUAAGUAUUGAUUUACAAAGUGUUUAUAUUGCUAUAAUAUAAGCUAGAAAAAAUAAUAAUAGAAACUAAAAUGGGAAGUCCAGAAAGAGAACUGUGCCCACCACCAUCCGAAGAAGAUGAAUUGACACUACCAAGAGCAAGUAUCAAUAAAAUGAUUAAGGAAUUGGUACCUUCUGUCCGUGUAGCCUUUGAAUCACGGGAAUUAAUUCUGAACUGCUGCACAGAAUUUAUACAUUUGUUAAGUUCAGAAGCGAAUGAAGUUUGUAAUCAAAGCAAUAAAAAGACAAUCAAUGCUGAACAUGUACUCACAGCUCUGGAUAGAUUAGGAUUUAGUGAUUAUACACUUGAAGCUGAAGCUGUUUUAAAAGAUUGCAAAGCUGUUGCCGCCAAAAGGAGACGGCAAAGUACAAGACUGGAAAACCUUGGUAUACCUGAAGAAGAAUUAUUAAGACAGCAGCAAGAACUAUUUGCCAAGGCACGAGAAGAGCAAGCGAAACAGGAACAGCAACAGUGGCUGCUAUUACAGCAGCAAGGAUUAGUUGGAGCUGAGGGUGCUGCCCAGCCUUAUGUACCUCCGCCCCCAGGACCCAGGCUUGAUGAUGAAGAAGAUGAUGAUUACUCAUAAGCGCACUCUGUUUAUAAUAAUACAAUAUUUUCAUGGUAAUGAUAAAUAAAA